AUGCUGAGGCUGCUGGUGGCCAGCGCUCACCUCCCGGCAGCCACCGGUGCAGGACCCGGUGUGCACGUUUAUGCUCGCUUCAGAGGUGUCCCCAGGAGCACCCGGGUGGUGCCAGCAGAGCGCAGCCCAGCAUGGAACGAGAUGCUGGUGUGGCCUCUGGCCGCACGUCCCCUGCGCCCCACGGACAGCCUGGCCCUGCGCCUGCAGCUCUGGGGUCAGCCAGAAGCACACAGGCUCCUGGGUGCCACCACGGUGCCUCUGUGCUGCCUGGCGGAGGACCCCGGGCUGCCACUUGAUCUCAGUCAGCUCCCAUUGCGAGACCCUCAGGGACAUCCCACGGGGACCACUGUUUCUUUGCGCUGCUCCUACGUCCCCCCCGGGCAGGUGGCAGCAGGGAAUGUCACGUCCCAGCCGCCAGAAGGGGUGGCACCAUGCCUGUCCCCCCCACGUCCCACCCCAGUGGUGGGGACAGCCAUCGGAAUGGCAUCGCACCGCCACCCCAAACCUGCAGCGGGGAAGAAGGAGGAUUUCCAGGUGCGGGUCAGGGUCCUCCAGGGCCACCAGCUGCAGGGCAGUGCCAUCAAGCCGGUGGUGACGGUCCUCAUCGGCGAGCAUCGCUUCAGGAGCAGGAUCCGUGCUGGGAACAACCCCUACUACAAUGAGGUGUUUUCUCAGCAUUUCCACCUGACGCCCGCUCAGCUGGCAGCAGUGCCCAUCCACAUCCAGGUUCUCAACUCCAGGGCCAUCCGUGCCGAUGCCAUCAUCGGCGCCUUCAAGCUGGACGUCGGCACCGUCUACAACGCACCCGGGCGCAGGCUGGGUGGGACGUGGCUGAGCCUGCAGCACCCCCGGCACCCCGAUGCUGGAUGCUGUGGGUACCUCCGUAUCGGCGCGGCCGUGCUGCGUGCCGGCGAACCCGUGUCGGAACGGGAGGAGGCAGCGGGGAGCCAGGAGGUGGAAGCCAAUCUCUUGCAGUCUGCGUUGCUCACCCCAUGCGUGGCCACGCUGCAGCUCCGCAUCUACCGUGCUGAGGAGCUGCCCCGGGAGGAGCCGUCCCGUCCAUUCCUUGCUGGCAGCAAGAGGAGCUUCGUGGCAGCGGCGGUGCGCGCCAGCUUUGCGGGCAGGACGGUGGGUGCUGGGGGCACGGUGGGUGCUGCUGACAGGUGCCCAGGGGUGACAGUGUCCCCAACACAGCUCUGCACUCGAGCGAUGCCCCCCGAUGCCAAGCCCACGUGGAACGAAGUGCUCUUCUUCCCCCUGCGGCUGCCCCCGCUCUGUGACGCUGUCGAGCUGGCCAUCCUUAGCGGGUCCAAGGUGCUGGGCACAGCCGCGCUCCACCUCUCCCACAUCUCCUCCGCCGGUGCUGAGCUCGAAGGAGGGGUCCCAGGUUUCUUACCCUGCUUCGGACCCAGCUUCCUCCCCUUCUAUGGUCCACGGAGAGAUGCUGCUGACGUGCCCAGCGACACCAUGGUGGCAUACAGGGGCCGGGUGCUGCUGGAGCUCAGCACCCACACAGGGGACUCCGAUGGGCGCCAGCAGGACGCCAUCGCCCCAGAGGACAUCACCCGUGUGCAGCGCCUUCUGCCCCGCCGCCACCGCCUGGGGCUCUGCGCAGUGUUCUACUCUGCCACCAUGCUGCCCCCCGCAUCCGAACCUCUGCGCUUCGAGCUCAGCAUCGGCAACCACGGGGACACCGGGGACACCUCGUGCCGCCCCGCUGCCUCCGCCUCACCGCAAGGCCACCCCCUCUUUGAUGGGAACCGCUACUACUGCAUGCCUUGGCAUGACAGCAAGCCGGUGGUGGCCGUCACCUCCAGCUGGGAGGACGCUGGGCAGCGGUGGGACGGGCAGAACCUGAUGCACAGUGUGGGCGAGAGGCUGGUGAGCAGCCAGGGGGCUGCCCUGCCUGUGCUGCAGGCCCAGCGCCCCCGGACGCGGCUGGACGUGGAGCUGCGCGCCGCCCGCCUGCAGCUCCUGCAGCUCCUCGCCUCGGCUGCCGCCGCUGGGCCUCCGCGCCGGGCCUGGGCCGAGCUGCUCCCCGAGGCCGAGGCCUGGCUGGGCCGAGUGGCCGCCCUGCAGGCUGAGCCUCAGGCCGGUGUUCCCGAUGUGUUGCUGUGGCUGCGGAGCGGUGCCCGCUGCCUGGCCUGUGCCCGCAUCCCCGCACACCGCCUCGCCUGCUCAGCCCUCGGCCCCGCAGCCUGCGGGCGGCUCUGUGGACGGACGCACACCCUGAUGCUGGAGGUCCCGGGACACCUCCAUGCCCAGCUCCGGGUCCGGCUGUGGCUGGGGCGUGUGGCUGAGAGCCAGGAGCUGCCGCGUUACUUGGAGGGCGCCCUGCACAUCUAUGCUGAGACAUACGAGAACCAGACGAAGAUCCUGGGCAAAUGGAGCAGGCAGGCGCUCCCAGCUCGCCCCAGCUUCUCCGACGUGGCCGGCAGAGUGGCGCUGCCCCGCGAGCGCAUCCGACCCCCCCAGGGCUGGUGCUGGGAUGGGCCCUGGGCUGUGGAACCACCACGGAGGCUGCUGCCAGAGCCCGAGGCUGGCAUGGACGAGGUGUUGGAGGAGGUCUAUGAGAACCAGAGCCGGCGGCACGGCGGGGAAUGGGGACCUGCUGCUGUGCCCAGCACUGAUGUGGCCGGCGCAGAGGUGCCCCCCAAGGAGGAGGUGGCGUGUCCCCAGGGCUGGCACGUCACCGAUGACUGGCGGGUGGAGGUGACAGGGGCCGUGGAUGAGGCUGGUGAGCGAUGUCCCCAUCACAGCCCCGAGGCUCCGGAUAAAGCAUGGGAGUACGCAUCCCUGUGGGGCGGCCGCUUCCAUCUGCAGCGCCGAGCGGGUGAUGCGUGCCGGCGGCGCUGCUGGCGUCGGCACAUGGUGCCAGAGCUGCCCUCAUCUGUGGCUGCCAUCUUCCUCCUCGAGGGCACAGCGGAUGCAGAGGAAAUGCCAGAGAGCAAGCAGAUGGCAGCAACACCCAAAGGCCAGGGACACCCCCAGCACCCCACGCCUGUCAUCCUCUGCACCUUCGAGCGACCCAGCUCCUUCCAGCUGCGCUGUUACCUCUUCCAAGCGCUGGAGCUGAAGCCCCACGGCACCAAGACCACAGCAGACCCCGUUGCCCACGUCUCCUUCGUGCACGUCAGCCAGAGCACCCGCGUGCUGCCCGGCACCCUGGACCCGGUUUGGGAUCAGUCGCUGCUCUUCCAUCGGGUGCAGCUCCAUGGGGACCCACGCGGGCUGCGGGAUGAGCCCCCAGCUGUGGUGGUGGAGGUGUUUGAUCAGGAUGGAGGGGGUGCUGGGAGCUUCCUCGGGAGAAGCGUGUGCACCCCAAAAGUGUGGCUGGAUGUGGGGCGCCGGAAGCCCCCCAGGCUGCAGAGAUACCCACUGCAGGGGCCGGGGGGGCCGGCCGGGGAACUGCUGGCUGCCUUUGAGCUGCUGCACGAGGCUGAGGACGGGGCAAUGGCACGGCUCAGCACCCCGCCAUGGAGACAGGGCACCUUUGGCAUCCCCCCAGGCAUCCGGCCGGUCCUGCGGCUGAUGGCAUUGGAGGUGCUGGCAUGGGGGCUGCGGGGGCUCCGUGGCCGCUGCCUGCUGCCCGUGCGCGCCCCCAGCCUGGAGGUGCAGUGUGGGGGGCACGUCCUGCGCAUCCCCCCCAUCACCGACCUCGCCACCAACCCCAAUUUCCCCAUCAACGCCUUCCUGCUGACGCUGCACCUACCAGUGGAGGAGGAGUACGUGCCCCCGAUCCGGCUGCGGGUUUUGGACACGCAGGGCUUUGGGUUCCGGCCCCACGUGGGCCAGGCGUGCGUGCAGGACCUGGCGAGGUUCCGCCAUGAGCCCGAUGGAGAGGAGCAGCUGCCCCAGCCUUGUGUCCCUGUGGAGGAGGAGGAUGAGGAAGAAGGCGACUGGUGGAGCAAAUUUUACAUGGCCAUGGGAGACAAGGCAAAGAGCCACCGGAGGACACACAGGGACAGCCUGAAGGUGUACGGCUGUGAGCUGGAGGCGGUGCCCAAAUUCGAGGGGCUGCAGGAUUUCUGCCAGACCUUCCCCCUCUACCAGCCGGGGGGGCAGCAGGGGGACGACCCCGUGCCUGUGGGCGAGUUCAAGGGGCUGUUCUGUCUCUACCCCCUACCCGAGGACCCCGGGGUGCCCCCGCCGCCCCGCCGCUUCCAGGAGCUGCCCCCCAGCCAACCCCAGCAGUGCCUGGUGCGCAUCUACAUCGUCCGUGCCUUCGACCUGUCCCCCCGUGACCGCAAUGGGAUGUGUGACCCCUACGUUCGUGUCUCGCUGGGAGCAAAGACACUGGGCAAGCGUGACCACUAUGUGCCCAACACCGUGGAGCCAGUUUUUGGCAGGAUGUUCGAGGUGAUGGGCACCGUCCCGUUGGAGAAGGACCUGAGGGUCUCACUGCUGGACCACGACCUGCUGCCACCCGACCAGGAGAUUGGAAGCACCACCAUCGACCUGGAGAACCGGCUGCUGUCCCGAUUCCGUGCCCACUGUGGGCUGCCCCGUCUGUACCGCAUGGAUGGCCCUGGGCGCUGGCGGGACCAGCUGAGCCCCAGCCGGGCACUGGAGCACCUGGCUCACAGCCGGGGGCUGCAGGCACCCGAAUUCAGCGCCGAUGGAACCGCCGUCAUCUUUGGGGGCUCCACCUUCCUGCUGAGCCAUUUUGAGAGUGGACCCCCCACAUAUCGUCACCCCGGGGCGCCCCGGGAGCGCCUGGCCCUGCAUGUGCUGCAUGCAUGGAACCUCGUCCCCGAGCAUCUGGAGACCAGGACGCUGUACAACAGCGCCCAGCCUGGGCUGGAGCAGGGCAAGGUGCAGAUGUGGGUGGACAUCUUCCCCGCCAGCCUCGGCCCCCCUGGACCUCCUGUGGACAUCACUCCCCGCAAACCCCAGAGCUAUGAGCUGCGCUGCGUGGUGUGGAACACCCGUGACGUGGAGCCAGGGGACAUCAGCGCAGCAGGGCAGAGGAUGAGCGAUAUCUACGUCACCGGCUGGCUGGAUGGGCUGGAGGAGCAGAAGCAGAGGACGGACGUGCAUUACCGGGCGCUGCAGGGCGACGGCAGCUUCCACUGGCGCUUCGUCUUCCCCUUCCAGUACCUGGCAGCCGAGCAGCGCUGCGUGCUGCCCCGCAAGGAGCAUUUCUGGAGCCUGGAUGAGACGGUGCUGAAGGUGCCCCCGAAGCUCAUCCUCCAAGUGUGGGACAACGACAAGUUUUCAGCCGAUGAUUUUUUGGGUGUCCUGGAGCUGGAGCUCACCCGGCUGCCCCGUCCAGCCCAGCGGCCGCAGGACUGCACCCUAAAGCCACGUCUGAGCCCCUGGCCCUGGGGGAAGGCUCGGGGACCCCCCCGUUUCUCUCUGUUCCGACAGAAGCUGGCGCGGGGUUGGUGGCCCUGCGUGGUGCACGAGGGUGGCACGCAGCGCAUGGCGGGCAAGCUGGAGCUGAGCCUGGAGCUGCUCGACGAGAAAGAGGCAGAAGAGAGACCGGCGGGGAAAGGCCGGGAGGAGCCCAACGCGUACCCACCGCUGCAGCCCCCCGUGCGCCCCGACUCGUCCUUCCUGUGGCUGCUGGCCCCGCUGCGCGCCCUGCGCUACGCCGUCUGGCGGCGGCACCGCUGCCGCAUCACCGCGACCGCGGCUCUGCUGCUGCUGCUCCUUCUGCUCCUCAACUUCAUCUACUCUGCCCCGGGUUACUUGGCCAUGAAGCUGGUGAACCCGCUGCGCCUCUUCGGUGCUGGAAGCAAACACUGA